AUGUCGUUGAGAGCGUUCCGUUUCGAACAAGUGUAGUCUGCUUGUGUUACCGCUGUUGAAGUUGAAUUGUCACUUUGUCUGCCAAGAUCUUAUACUUUUUUUCUUUUAAAAAUUAAAGGCGUACCUCAGGUUCUAAGUCUUACACAAUGCCCAAAGUAAAGAGAAGUAAGAAGCCUCCUCCAGAAGGUUGGGAGUUGAUUGAACCCACAUUAGAAGAAUUGGAAGCAAAAAUGAGGGAAGCUGAAACUGAUCCCCAUGAAGGCAAACGAAAGGUUGAAGCAUUGUGGCCCAUUUUUAAAAUCCACCAUCAGCGUUCCCGUUACAUCUUUGAUCUCUUUUACAAGCGUAAAGCUAUUUCGCGAGAAUUGUACGACUAUUGCUUAAAAGAGCACAUCGCCGAUUCCAGUCUCAUCGCUAAAUGGAAAAAGCAAGGUUACGAAAACUUGUGUUGCCUCCGGUGCAUUCAAACAAGAGACACAAACUUUGGUACGAACUGCAUCUGCCGAGUGCCCAAAGCUAAAAUGGAAGAGGGCAAAAUUGUCGAAUGUGUCCAUUGCGGUUGCCGUGGCUGCUCAGGAUGAAGUUUACGAAUACGAGAUCCAUUUUUUUAAUACUACAAUUAUGACAAAACUUUGUUUUUGAUAAAAUGAACAGUAAACGUAAGUUCGGCGUUUA